CCGCGCAUAAAAAGCUCGCGGGCCUAGGGCUCGCUUGGCUCUGAGAUCUCUGUUCCCUGAGUUCUCUCGUGUCUGGUCGUCCGCGUGUCCGGCUCUUGCCCACGCAGGCCUUAUCGCCGAGCUCACAGCCCCUCGCUCUUGGCCUCGCCAUCCCUUUCUGAAACCAAGGGCUCGCGUCCCUUCCCCCGCGCUUGGGCUGACUCGAUAAUCCGGGUGACAGUGGUGACCCCCAUCACUCGAGCCCUGUUUGGGGACCGGGUUUCCUGAGGCCUUGCAGCCCUUGUUCUGGGAGGUCAUGGCCUCCGGCAACGCGCACAUCGGAAAGCCGGCUCCUGACUUCACGGCCACCGCGGUGGUGGAUGGCGCCUUCAAGGAAGUCAAGCUUUCCGACUACAGAGGGAAGUACGUGGUCCUCUUUUUCUACCCGCUGGAUUUCACUUUCGUGUGCCCCACGGAGAUCAUCGCUUUUAGCAGCCAUGCCGAGGACUUCCGAAAGCUGGGCUGUGAGGUGCUCGGAGUGUCUGUGGACUCGCAGUUCACCCACCUGGCGUGGAUCAACACCCCACGGAAGGAGGGAGGCUUGGGCCCCCUGAACAUUCCCCUGCUGGCUGAUGUGACUCGCAGCUUGUCCCAGAGUUACGGCGUGUUGAAAACGGAUGAGGGCAUUGCCUACAGGGGCCUUUUUAUCAUCGAUGCCAAGGGUGUCCUUCGUCAGAUCACAGUCAACGACCUACCGGUGGGACGCUCUGUGGAUGAGGCUCUCCGCCUAGUCCAGGCCUUCCAGUAUACAGAUGAGCAUGGGGAAGUCUGUCCUGCUGGCUGGAAGCCUGGCAGUGACACCAUCAAGCCCAAUGUGGAUGACAGCAAGGAAUACUUCUCCAAACACAACUGAGAUGGCUUGCACCAGUGAGCCUGAACUCGUGGAUCUCGCCCCCACCUGGAUGUCCUGUGCUGGCCCAGAAAAGGCUAGAUCUUCCUCCACGUUCUGUGGAGGGGCUGGAAGCUGGGCCAAGGCUUUCUCAUUCCCCACCCGGAACCUGGUGAAUAGUGACCCCUGCCCUGAGCCCACUCAGCUGGGCACAGGUCUAUAGGAAACCAAUAAAGUAUUAGGGACAGUGGAA